AUGGGAAUGCUGAGCGAAGCAGCACUGUGUGAAGGGCGGAGCACAACAUUCAGAGGUGUUUGCUUUAGCAGUAACAAUUGUGGAACUGUUUGUGAGACUGAAGGUUUCGUUAGUGGACGUUGCAAAUUCUUUAAAUGCGUUUGCAGCAAGGAUUGUAAUAGCGGAGGUGGCGGAAGCGGCGGUGGAGGAGGCAGCACUCCCGGUGGCAAAGGCCCUCCUGGUGGUGAGGGACCACCAAAAGGUUCUCCGGGUGGCAACAAGGGGCCUCCAGGUGGUGAUGAGGGACCCGUUGCUGGAGGUGGACCUCCUGGUGGUGAUAAGAGACCACCGGAAGGUCCUCCUAGUGGCGGCGAGGGACCUCCAGGUGGUGAUGAGGGACCACCAGAAAGUCCUUCGGAUGGCGCAGAGGGACCUUCUAGUGGUGAUGAGGGACCACCAGAAGAUUCUUCAGAUGGGGACGAGGGACCUCCCGGGGAAGGCCCGUCUCCGGCUGAAGACUAA